UUCGAAAAAAAAUAUUUGAAACCAAAAAUAUUAAAAAAAAAUUUUAAUUGAAAAAAUUUUAACAUCAAUCAAAAAAAUUUAAUAAAACCAAAAAUCGUGGAAACAUUUUAAAACCAUUAAUAAAAAAAAAUUGAAAAAAUGUCUGCGCAACGACACAAAACCAGCCGCCGUAUGUGCGCGCCAACAUUAGUGAAAGCAAUUAAAAAUUUUGGUUUUGAUGUGGCAACAACACAAUACUCAUGGCCGCUAUUAGCGGCUUUCGUCAUAAUUUUAAACAGUUGUUGUUGUUGGAGCAGUGCUGCGGCGAGUAGCGGCGUUGCGACUGAGACGAGAUAUCAUUGUGCCUUCAUCGAUACGAUUAAUGUGACGGGCAUCGCCUGGGCGUAUGAGCAACCUAAUGCAACGGCGGAGAUAAACACAACAAACAACAACAAUAACACUAUUAAUAUUAGCAACACAAAUAAUACGAAUAACAACAACGAUAUCAACGGCAACAGCAACGGUACAAUCAACAACAACAACCAUACCAGCAACAACAAUAACAACAAUAUUAAUGCCACUGUAAGCAAUAUCAACACAACCAGCACACAAAUUGAUGACAUCAAUAGCAACAACAACAACAACUACAAUAACAAUAGCCACGAUAUCAGUAGCGACAACAACACCAACGCCGCCUUACUAAAAAGUCUCGGCAUCACCUACAUACCACCCGAACUCGUUGCCGCCUACAAUUUCAUCAUUAAAGAUGGCGUACGCGUGCCCGCCGAGCGUCACAUGCGCGCCUGCAUUUGUAAGCUGAAACCCUGUAUACGCUUCUGUUGCGCCGAGGGUCACUACUAUGAUACGCUGAGCAAAUCAUGCGUGUCCAUUGCAAGUGUCAUCGAUGUGGAUGUGGUGAAUGCUACGCAACAACAACAACAACAACCACAUAGUCUUGUAUACGCACUGACCGGCAUGGAUCAUCACGAGGUGGCGGUGCGCAACACAAACGGCAGCACACGUUUGGUGCGAACCACACACCAUUUCAAUGUAAAUAUUGGUGUACCGUGCGAGCGUAUGCGUUAUGUGCAUAGGGACAAUCAGUUGGUGCAUUGGACGUUGUUCGAGAAUGGCUCUAUUGCCCAUCGUAAUCACUUAUUUUCGAACUAUUAUUGUUAUACGCCACAUCAAUUGGACAAUAUAACAUGGGAGUGGCAGCCAUUGGCUUGUGUACGGAAUAAAUUACCAUUCGUUUUGACAACGAAAGAGUGGACAUAUGCAAUUUGUUUAAUACUGGCUGUCAUCUGUAUGUUUAUUAUCCUCUUCAUCUACCUGUUCGCCAGCAAUCUGCGCAAUACAUUCUACGGUGUUGCCAUCAAGGUCUACACACUGUGCAUUAUCUUCGGUUAUUCGAUAAUGGCGCAUCUCACGCUCACCGAUCCAGCCGAAUUUAUGCCAUGGACCUGCAUCAAUUUGCCCGCUUGCGUCAUCAUUUACAUGGUGUUAUCAUUCUGUAUAUUAAGUCUGAUCAGCUUCAACUUUUAUAUGCAUUUCCAUGGCAUUAUCAUGUCGCGUCUAAUGUUCUGGCUGAUAUUCUUUCCGAUCGCGCUGUUAACCAUCGGUUGGUCGAUAUUCGCGGCAAACAAUGAUUACGAUGGAAAGCCGAUAUUCGGUGGUGGUGACACCUGUUGGUUCGAUCCUCGCAACUGGUCCAUCAUGGUCUACUAUUAUGCGCCCAUUUUCAUCGCUUGUGUUAUCUGUAUAUUUUUCUAUAUACUGACGCUAAUACAUAUCAGCGAGGGACAAGAUUAUAAUAUACGUAAGGCUACAGAGACGCUAGAUGAGAAUCGCUUUAAAUCGUUCUUCAAGUUCUUUACCUACACUUCCGUCGUCUUUCUGGUCUGUGCCACUUCGUUCGCCAUCAAUUACUAUCGCGAGGACUUCACGCACAUCAACUAUGCUGUCUGUUUGUUCAUCGUUUUCCAUGGCUUCGGUGCGCUGUACGCUUUGAUCGGACAAAAUCAGGAGGUUCAGAAUUUUCUGCGGCGCAUUGAGGAUGAUGUCAGCAGCGAUGACGAUGAGAUGACCGAGAGCGCCGUGCCCAUGUCGGGCUUCUAAGCAUUUAGAAUUACACUUUUGCUCAAAAUGAACCACAAUGUUGGGCAAUUCAUUAUUAUCAUUAGUUUUGUUGAGUGUAAAUAUGUUGUUUUGAGUUCUGUAUGUACAAAAAGUAUAUUGUAAUCUACUUUAUAUAUUUAUUUGUCUAUAUAAUAAAGCGUCUAGUUCUUAUGCAAAUAU